AUGCUUAUAAUUGGAAUUGAUAGAAUGUUGGCUAUUUUCUUGCCUAUUUGGUAUUCAACUCGAAGUGAGAAGCAUUACCUAAAAAUAAUUUAUCUUGUUUCAUUAUCAUUCCCUCUGAUCUUUUUGGGAUUUGUCUGCCGCUCUAUUAUACAAGACCCUUUCUUGCAAAUUCAAUGCUUUUUUGCGGAUUUGGUUGGUAUUGAUGGCCAGAGCUUUUUACAGACGGGCCAACUUGUAUUAAUUUGCUUGACCUUGCUUUGCUAUAUUUUAAUGUUUUUUAAAUUGUUAUAUGACCAGCUGAAAGGGAAAAGUAAUUAAAUAUUUCCUAAUAAUGUACAGCCGGAUCUCAUUAUAAGAGACCCAGAAUAUUUUUCUAAUUAAAUCGGCUCCAUGAGCAUGGAAAGAGAUCC